UCCCUCGACCCCACCGGCACCAUGCACCUCUCCCAGCUGCUGGCCUGCGCCCUGCUGCUCACGCUACUCUCGCUCCGGCCCUCCGAAGCCAAGCCCGGGGCGCCGCCGAAGGUCCCGCGAACUCCGCCGGGAGAGGAGCUGGCUGAGCCCCAGGCUGCGGGCGGCGGUCAGAAGAAGGGCGACAAAACUCCCGGGGGCGGAGGCGCCAACCUCAAGGGCGACCGGUCGCGACUGCUCCGCGACCUGCGCGUGGACACCAAGUCGCGUGCGGCGUGGGCCCGCCUUCUGCAUGAGCACCCCAACGCGCGCAAAUACAAAGGAGGCAACAAGAAGGGCUUGUCCAAGGGCUGCUUCGGCCUCAAGCUGGACCGGAUCGGCUCCAUGAGCGGCUUGGGAUGUUAGUGCGGCGACCCCUGGCGGCGGAUCGGGAACUUGCUCCGUUUUGCUGAGGUCAUUCUUGGUCAUCAGCCUCACAGCAUCUGGAAGCACCUCCAACGCAAUGUGGCUUUUACAUUUCCUUUUUUUUUUUUUUCCUGGUACUAGGAAUACACAA